AUGCUCGCGCGCUCCGUCAAUGUCGCCAGGCCAGUGGCCAAGGGCAGCGCCCCCGCGGCGCGCCCGCGCGCGAGCGUGCGCGCCGCGGCGUUCAAGACUCGGUUCGACGCCGAGAAGCUCACCGCGGACCUCCAGGACAAGUUCGAGAAGACGGACAAGAAGGCCGCCGUCAUCGGAUACUCGGUUGCGGGGACGAUCGCGUUCGUUCUCGCGGAGAAGAUCAUUCACGCGCCGCUGUUGUCUCUCCUCCUUGGGGAGCCGCUGGAGAUCAUCGGGCUGUUCACCGCGAUCUACCUGGCCCUGCGGUACGUCAAGGACGAGGUGGACCCGAUGGACGACGCGGAGAAGAUCGCGGGGGACGUCGUCGGCGUGCUCCCGGGCCUGAAGAAGGAAUAA